UUGGUGGUGGUGGUGCACGUGCUUCCCGGCCGGCGUGUCGAUAGUGUGCUCCCGUCGUCUGAUGGGGGUCUGCAAUGUGUGCGUGUCGCACGCGGGAGAUGUUUGGGUGUAGUCAUGCUGGACACUGACUUUGAAAUGGAUGAUCGAUCCCACCUCGGCAUGGGCAACAGGACCGGCUCCCCCGACCGUUACUUCACCUGCAAGUUCUGCCAGCGGCUGUUCAGGAAAGCCUACAACCUGAUGAUUCACGAGAGGUCUCAUGACACAGCCAAAUACAGUGCUGACAUCUACAAGCUUCGGAAUGAGCUUCAGUCCUGCAACAGAAGAGAUCUCAGGUUACUCUUGGCCAGGGCAGUCCAGGAGGAAAACUUUCAGGCCCUCAAGGCCUGAUGACUGGCCAGAUGCCAGCGCAGACUGGCAGCUUCGAGUCGCCUGGCAAGACAAGCCUGCAUCCCAGCCCCUGUCUUCCGGCGGCUCCUGGCGAUCAGCUCAGCAACCCCAGACCGGCGGCUCUCAGCGACAGGUUCAGCGACCCCAGACCCAAAUCUUACAGCGACCGGCAACCCCAGACUGGUGGCUCCCAACGACGAACAACCCUAGACUGGUGGCUCCAGCGCCCAGCUCAGCAACCCUAGACUAGUGGCUCCUGGUGACCAGCAACCCUAGGCUAAUGACUUCCGGUGACAUGUUCAGCCGCCCGACCAGCGACUCCGGAGCGGCAGCUGCCGACAGCUGCGCCAGCUCCCGAGGCCGGCAGCUGCUGACUUCAGGGCCGUCCGUCGCGGCCGGGAGGCGCCUGGUGCAACCUGCGCGGCACCGACUCCACCGUUUUGGGCCCGUUCUCUGCCGUACCCGCUCCCACGCGUAGAUGCAUCUGGUGUAGGCCAGGGCGGGGAUCAGACUGUGAUUUUGUGCUAGUUUGUAAUUUAUGCCCGCACGGUUCGCAAAUGUUUUUUUCAGAUGAAUGCUGCACCGUUUUGUGUUAGAAAUAGGCUAACUGAAGUCAGUUUUGAACGGAACUCUACCACCCUGUGAAGGCUCAACGUCCGUUCAUCUGGCUACUUCUGCUGAAGUGUUACAGUGGAAAAAUCUCCCUUAUGGACUCGUGGUGUCAUAUUUAUUCACUUUUCUUCCUUUGAGCUCGGGGAAUUGCCAUGACUAUUGAAAGCAGUUUUACUCAUUCAUGCCUGGCCAAUGUAAAUCCUCGCCAGGCGCUUUUGAUUUCACCUGUGCUUUGUAUGCGGUAUGUGUUGGCCAUAGGUAACGAGUUGUUGCGCAUGCCCCGUUUUUUGCAGUAGGAGAUGAAUAACAUUGAAUGUUAUCAUAGUCAUGUAUAUAUUAUAUAUGAAAUACAGUCCACCCA